AUGGCUUCGUUGUUGGCUCGCAGGUCAUUCGAUGCUCUCCGAGCUCGACAUCUCGUUUUUUCAGGGCAAGCUUUACAGGGAUCUCAUCUAUGUGGGCUACAGUCCCGUGCUAUAUCGUACGGCACCAAAAAAGAUGAUGAAGAAGCUGAGCAACUUUCUAAGGAGAUCUCCAAGGACUGGAGUACUGUCUUUGAACGGAGCAUAAACACCCUAUUUCUCACUGAAAUGGUCCGGGGUUUGUCGCUGACCCUCAAGUACUUCUUUGAUCCAAAAGUUACAAUCAAUUAUCCUUUUGAGAAGGGUCCGUUGAGCCCUCGCUUCCGUGGUGAACACGCUCUUCGAAGAUAUCCAACUGGGGAAGAACGCUGCUUGCCUGUAAACUCUGUGAGGCUCGAAUUCGUAAUCUGUGAACACCAUGAUAUCACAAUUCGUCUCAAAUUGGGAUUUUUGACUGAUGCUUAUCAUCAGGUAUGUCCAGCUCAAGCAAUCACGAUAGAGGCAGAGGAACGUGAAGAUGGAAGCCGCAGAACAACUAGGUAUGAUAUCGACAUGACAAAGUGCAUCUAUUGUGGUUUCUGCCAAGAAGCUUGUCCUGUUGACGCAAUCGUCGAAGGACCCAACUUUGAGUUUGCAACUGAGACACAUGAGGAACUUUUGUAUGACAAAGAGAAGCUUCUUGAGAAUGGAGAUCGGUGGGAGACAGAGAUUGCAGAGAAUCUGAGGUCGGAGAGCCUCUACCGCUGA